AUGUACGGAUCUGCUGGACCGAAUUCAAAUUUGAAUGGCGCAAGCAAUAUUCCAGGACCCGGGCCAAGCAUCCUUCGAGGACAGCAACAGGGUCCUGCAGGUAUCAAUAAUGGCCCUCCAGGAGCAGCAGGUGGAUUCAAAUUUGGAGGUCCUCCUCGUCAGGAUCUUGGUAGCAGCGGCAUACCUGCUCCUGGUUCCAGCCAGAUGCGUGGUCCACCAACUGGCGAAGGUCAGGCAACCAACAGUCCACCUUAUAGCAACAUGGCAGCCGGACAAUCGAGUACGAUAGGAUCUCCUCAAGGUGUGAAUAGUGGAAAUGUGAAUGGCGUUUCAGGAUUGCCUCCAUCCUCAACUGGUGCGCCUCCGUUACAAGGCGGUCCUGUUGGUCCAGGCGGAGAAAGGCCAAGGACGCAACAAGUUGUCUAUCCUUGGAGUCAAAGAGGAUUGUCAAUGAAUCCCCCACGAUUCUUGGAUGAAGCACGUCAAGCUGCAGCAGUGGGUGCUGUCAGUCCUUCACCUUUUCCACGUUAUGGUCAUGCUGCCAAUUCAGCUGCAAGCUCUACUGGUGAGAUUUAUCUAUUUGGUGGUCUGGUAAGGGAAAGUGUGAAGAACGACUUGUAUGUCGUUUACGUCGACAAGGUCACCCAACCAGCAGCUCCAUUACCGCCAGGAUCACCACCAAAUUCGCUCAACCCCGCAGGAGGCGUCAAUGCAACACUGGUGCAGACAACCGGAGAAAUCCCUCCUCCUCGUGUUGGACAUGCGACUGUUUUAGUUGCCAAUGUGUUGAUUCUGUGGGGAGGUGAUACAAAAGUUAGAGCAGACGAUAAACAGGAUGAAGGGUUGUAUUUGCUCAAUUUGAGCACAAGGGAAUGGACGAGAGUGCGACCUGCCAAUGAAGGGCCAAAUGCCGGUCCUGUAGGACGAUAUGGACAUACUGUCUCUAUCGUUGGCUCGAGAUUCUAUGUCUUUGGUGGUCAGGUUGAUGGUACAUUCAUGAAUGAUAUCUGGUCUUUCGAUUUGAACAGCCUAAAGACGACACCAACCUGGGAAUUGCUCAAGCCAACGUCAGAACUACCGCCAAAACGAACUGGACACGCAAGUGUGACAUACAAGGAUAAAAUAUUCAUCUUUGGAGGUACAGAUGGUCAAUAUCACUACAACGAUACAUGGUGUUACGAUGUGGCAACCAAUGCAUGGAGAGAAUUGAGUUGUAUAGGUUACAUUCCUGUGCCCAGAGAAGGUCAUGCUGCAUGCUUGGUGGAUGAUAUCAUGUACAUCUUUGGUGGUCGUGGUGUUGAUGGAAAGGAUCUAGGUGACUUGGCCAGUUUCCGUAUCUCGAAUCAGAGAUGGUACAUGUUUGCCAAUAUGGGACCAUCGCCAAGUGGACGGAGUGGACAUGCACUUACUGCAUUCCAAAACAAAGUGGUUGUGUUGGGUGGUGAAUCAUUCACAGGUGGAAAACCAGAUGAUCCUGCGAUCGUAUAUGUUCUCGACACCGCAAAGAUUAAGUAUCCACCAGAACAAGGAUCAAAGACCACAUCAGGAAGUCAGCAGCAACCACAACGCAAAGCUGGACCAGCUGAUGCAGGUUCUAGGUCCAUGUCGCCGGCAGACCGUGCAAUGUCUCCUACUCAGCGCGGAGGAGCACCACUCUCUCUUGCUGCGAUUGCACAACAACCUGAUGGAACAACACAAUCCGCCAUUCAAGCACCUCCUCCCGGUGGUCCAAGCUUGCCUCCGCAAAAUGGUCAAGUGCCUGUUACCCAAUCUGAAAUUCAACCUGGCCAAAAGAACAUCAGAGGGAAUGAAGUGCAAGGUGCAAUGGCCGGAGUGGGUACUACACCUGCUCUGUCCAUGUCACCUACUCAGCGUAACGCAACUCAAUCGCCUACUGUCAACGUACCACAAAAUGCUAACCCAACAUCUCCACCAGCACAGGUGAGACAAGGCAGUCUACCGCAUGGAAAUGUACAACCGAUGACCUAUAACGGACCAAGAAGUCAAAGAUCGAUUGAGAAUAUGCGCAACGGUACAGGUGCAGCUUCGCCCAUUCAACGUGGCUUGCCAAAUGGAAUCAAUACUACCGAUCGAACAAUGUCACCUACACCUGCUGAUGCCUUCCAUUACGGAAGCAUGCCGAAUGGAAGGGCACCUCAACAGGGUAUGGGUGGAGCUGCUCCAGGAGAGAUUGAAAGUCUGCGUAAACGUGAAGCAUGGAUGAAAGCUGCUUUGGCAAUGGCUGUUAAGAAAGGCUUUGUUGCACCAGAGGAACUCGAUCAGGUCGACGCAAAUGGCUCAGCUGGCAUUGGCGCAAGAAGUCCUGAUUUGAACCUACAGGACAUCGAUACAGGAGCACCUGGAAGUGAAAAGGAUAAAAUCGUUCGUGCUCUUAUCAGUUUGAAAGCACAGCUAGCCCAAGCGAAAUCCACGAUCGCUCAACAAGCACAAGGUGAGGCUGAUCGUGUUGGCGAAUCUGAUCGUGCUCGAUUGGCAGCUCUAUCUGAAGCUGCAUUCUAUCGUGCAAAACUCGACGCUUUGGAAAGUGGAAACACGUCUGAAGCUGACCGAUUGCAACGUGAACGAACGAAUGAUAUCGAAAGACAACUGUCAGACACUUUACGCGAGACUGGAGAAUUCGAAAGACAGUUGACCAGAUUACGUGAAGAAUUGAAAUUGGAACAACAAUUGCGCAGCUCAGCAGAAGAUAGAUUAAGUGAAGCAACCAAACGUGCAAUGUCAGCCGAAGCAGCGCAAUUGAAGGUGUAUGACGAAUUGGCAAAUAUACAGAAAAAGAGUCAUACACAAGAAUCGCAAUUACGUGAUCAUCGUGAAAAGGUUGUCAGUCUAAAUGCUUUAGUUGUUAAACAUCAAACAGAUCAUGAAGAAGCACGAUCGCAAUUGGACGAACAUCGAUCGACAUCCGAAAAUCAAUCUCUCGCUUUGCGUGAUUUGCAAACAAGUCUAGCCGCAGCCACAGCCAGAGCUGCAGAACAUGAACGACUGCACCAGCAACACCGCGAUUUGGCAUCGCAGCACGAAGGUACAAUUGCACGUUUGCGUAGCGAAUUGACUGCCAAAUCUUCCGAGGCUGAUGGUCAUCAAUCUCGUGCUGUUGAAUUGGAAUCCCUUGUUUCGCAUCAUCGUUCCGAAGCAGAGUCUCACAGACAAGCUGUCACAGGUGGAUUAGCACAACUUCUAGCAUUCCAGAAGCAGCAGGGCACCCGAUCUGCCGAUCAAAGUAUACCUCCUCACGUCAAUGAUCGUAUACGAGCUUUGCAGGACGAAUGCGAUUCAAUGCGUCAAAUUCACGCUGAAAGCAAGCAAGCUGCUGAUCAAGCCCAUAAUUCUCUUGAUGAGAUGAGAGAACGCAAUUUCGGUUUGGAAAAACAACAAUCUGGAUUACGUAGCGAAUUGAGCGCGAUGAGAAGUCAAUUAACGAUCGCUUUGCAAGAGGUUGCAAGGUUGAAAGAUAUCUCAAGCUCUCGUGAUCUUGAAAUUCGUGAUUCUAAACGUCAUGCUGAAGCAACACAAGUUAAGCAUGCACUUUUGCGUCAAUUCAUGGCUGAUCGUGGUAUUUCUGUUCCAGGUGAUGAUGAACUCAACUCGAAAGUUGGAGGCGGCGUGGCAGAUAAACGGAUACGUGAAUUGGAAGAAGAAGUGGAUUCGCAAAGUCGUGAAUUGGCAGAAACUGAACAUCGUCUCCGUGAUGCUUCCAGUCGUGUGGAAGAGUUGACGAGAGAGCUAGAACAUGCUACGACGAGAGCUGCCAGAGUGAGCGCAAACGCACCUCAAGUUGAAGAAGCUCAGAGAAGAGCAACACUUGCUGAACGCGAAUUAGAAGAAGCUCAUACAACGUACCGUGAACGUGCUGCACAACUAGAGCAUGAUUAUCAAACUGCCGUUCAAUUUGUCAAAGGUAGUGAAAAGAUGUUGAGGAGAAUGAAGGACGAAUUGACAAAGUACAAGAGCGAGAAUGGCUCACUUCAAAACGAGUUGUUGAACGCACGUGCAGGCGUGUACUCUCCCGAUAAUGAAGCUGCAAAGGAUGUUGAAGCAUUACGAAUCCGAUUGGCAGAGCUAACACAAAAGCAUGAUGACACCACGAUUGAAAAUCGUGAAUUGGAACGAAAGAUGGCCGCUUUGAUCGCUGAACAUAAAGAUUUCCGUGAUAAAAACAGAGAAGUAUUGGAAGCUGGACCUGGAGGCGCAACAGCAACACAAACAGCAAAAGUACAAGAAUUGGAAACACAAAUUGCAUCUUUGGAAGCAAGUUUGACUGAUGUCAGACGUGAAUUACAAGAAAGUCUUUCUCUCAAUACACAUUUGAGCAGUGAACUAAAUUCGGCCAGCAAAGGAAGCGAAGCUGGUGCUGGAGGAGCGAAUGGUUCAGCAAAUUCCACUGCGAUGGCAAGGAACUUGAGCGCAGCACAAUUACAAAAUGAGCAACUCAGAAACGAACGUGAUUCCUUAGCACAGCGGUUGCAAGAGACAGAAGAUAAGCUACAACUCUUGCUUUCCAAUGAUAGCGAAGUCGGAGGAGAAGCUGCUACACGGGACAGUCAUGCGUUCAGCAUUUCUUCAGAGUUGGAUAAAUGGGAACGUGAUCGAGCAGGCGUGCCUGAUACUCUACCGCCUGGUGUUUCACCUGCCGCUUUGGCUGCUUCUUCAUCAUCUCAUGCUAUGCCAGAUCAAAUUGCAUGA